AUGAAGAACAUCAUCACUUACACCCUUGCGGCCACGCUUGCGGCCGGCGCUACCGCCCAGCACCACAACCACCAGCACAUCCACGCUCGCCGUCACGCUGGAUCCAAGGUCGAGAAGCGCAGCCCUGAUGUUAUCACCGAGUACGUUGUCGGUGCCACUGAGACUGUCUACGAGCUUGCUGGCAAGGAAAUUGACAUCAACGCCGCCAAGGCCGGUCUGAACGGAGGUAACCUCGUCAUUGUUGGCGAGUCUAACCCUACCUACGACGCCCCAGCUGCUCCCCAGACCCCCGCUGCCCAACCCGAGAAGGCUUCUGCUCCCAAAAAGGAGGUCGGCGCCCAAUUCUACGAAUCCAAGACCGCCGAGGCCUCUACCGCUGCCCCCGAGCCUGUCUACUCGGCUCCCGCUGUCGUCAAGCCCAGUAAGCCCAAGGCCAGCAAGCCCAAGACUGGCGGCUCCACCUCUGGUUUCACUGGCAGCAGCUCCGGCGUUGACAAGAAGUUCAAGAGCGGCGAGGUUGACUGUGACACCUUCCCCUCCGAGUACGGUGCCGUUGCCCUUGACUGGCUCGAGCUCGGUGGCUGGUCUGGUAUCCAAUACGUUCCUGACUUCACCCUUUCAGCCGCUAGUAUUUUCAAGAUUGAUACCGCUAUCAAGGGCGAUGGCUGCACUCCUGGUGCUAUGUGUUCCUACGCCUGCCCUGCUGGUUACCAGAAGACCCAGUGGCCCUCGGCUCAGGGUGCUGAUAAGCAGUCUGUUGGUGGUCUCUACUGUAACGAGAACGGCAAGCUCGAACUGACCCGCGAUGACUACGACACUCUCUGCGACGCUGGUGUCGGUGGUGUCUCCAUCAAGAACGACCUCGACGAGGAGGUCGUCACUUGCCGAACUGAUUACCCUGGAACUGAGAACAUGGUUAUCCCCGCUGUUGCCACCGCUGGUGGCUCCGUUAACAUCUGCAACCCCGCCCAGGACAAGUACUAUAUCUGGAAUGGCUCCGGCACCUCUGCCCAGUACUAUGUCAACAAGAAGGGCUACAGCAUUGAGGACGCCUGUGUUUGGGACAGCCCUAAGGGUAAGGACGCUGGUAACUGGUCUCCUGUUGUCCUUGGUGUUGGCCAAGCUGCUGAUGGCAACACCUAUAUCUCCAUCUUCCAGAACCUGCCCACCAGCACAGCCGAGCUUGACUUCAACAUUGAGAUCACAGGAGAUGUCAACACAAAGUGCUCCUAUGUCAACGGAAAGUGGAGCGCUGGCGGAUCCGGCUGCACCACCACCAUGCCCAAGGGUGGCAAGGCUGUUAUCCGAUAUUUCUAA